AACAAAUAAAUUCGGAAUGAUUUUUGAAGUAGUGAUAUCACUAGUGUUAGUGUUUUGUACAAUAAUUAUCUUAUAUUUAAAAUGGACCUUUCGUUACUGGAAAAACAGGAACGUCUACGUCCCUUACCCGAGUCUUCCAUUUGGAAACGUAUACAACAUUAUAACUGGGCAAGAAAAUUUAGGGGAUUUAGCCACUAACAUUUACAACACCGUUAAAACAAAAAAACUACCCUGUGGUGGUUUUCACUUCGUUUUCAAACCGUUUCUUGUACCGGUAGAGAACAAUUUGUUGAGACACAUUCUCAUUACCGAUUUCCAACAUUUUACCGAUCACCUGGUCUUCGUAGAAGAUGAAAACGACCCCCUCAAUGCGCAUUUGUUUUCGUUAACUGGAGCCAAGUGGAAGGCACUUAGGACCAAACUCACCCCACUUUUUACCACUGGAAGAUUGAAGAUAAUGUUUCAGACUUUAGUGGAUUGUACUAAUAAUUUUCCAUACGUUCUGGACGAAGCCAUUAAACGAAACGAGCCUUUGGAUAUCAAAGACACCUUUGCAAGGUAUACAACAGAUGUCAUAGGAUCUGUCGCGUUUGGGAUAGACUGUAACUGUCUCAAAAACUCGAACAUAGACAGUGAAUUUCGAACGUAUGGUAAAAAGGUGUUCGAAAAUGGGUUUAGGGAUGUUUUCAUACAAACUAUUAAUGUUGCCAGUCCAAAGCUUAUGAAAUUCUUGGGGCUCAAAGUUACCAAAAGCGACGUGGAAAGGUUCUUUAUGGGCAUAGUCAAAGAAACGAUCGAUUACAGGGACAAAAACAACUAUCAAAGAAAUGAUUUUAUGCAGCUUUUAAUGGAUUUAAGGUAUAAAGAAAUAAAAGUCGAUUCCGCCGUUGAUAAAGAUAAUUCCGAAGUUGCUUAUUAUCAAAACGGAUUAACUUUAGAAGAGAUCGCUGCACAAGCGUUCGUCUUCUUCACAGCCGGCUUUGAAACAUCCUCUACCACUUUGAAUUUUUUGAUGUACGAACUCGUUCAAAAUUUAAACAUACAAGAAAAACUAAGAGAAGAAAUUAAAACAGUUUUAAAAGCUCAUGGUGGUAAAAUAACAUACGAGGCAAUACAAGAAAUGAGUUAUUUGGACAAGUGCAUUAACGAAACAUUACGGAAAUAUCCUCCACUUCCUAUAAUCCCUAGAGUGUGUACAAAAGAUUAUAAAGUACCUGGUACCAAUUUGACAAUUGAAAAAGGAACGGGGCUAUUGAUUCCCGUCUACGCAAUACAUCACGAUCCUGAAUACUACCCGUAUCCAGACAAAUUCGAUCCUGAACGAUUUUCAGAAGAAGUUAAACAAAAACGGCCUCAUUUGACGUUUAUACCGUUCGGAGAAGGUCCUAGAAUUUGCAUUGGUUUAAGAAUGGGUCUGUUGCAAGCAAAAGUAGGAGUGGCAGCUCUCCUUAAGGAUUACAGAUUUACUUUAAAUUCUAGAACUAAUGUGCCACUUGAAUUUAAAGGAAGACAAAUAGUUUUAACCGUUAAAGGUGGCGUCUGGAUUGAAGCACAAAAAAUAUAAACUUUUACUUAACGAUAAUUAAGUUAUCACAAAAAUGUAUACAAUUCGUAAUAAAAAAUUGUUUAUUGCUUUUUUUUAA